GCUAAGUAUAAAAAAGUUAUCUAAGUAUUAUUUUGAAAUAUCAUUUUAUCACUUCAAACUAUAAUUGUAAGAUGUAUCUACAUCCGAGGUCUGUAAGUAAUAUUAAUAGGUAAUAUGAUCACACAAGACUAUACAAAUGCAUAACAGGAACUAUAAGAUUAGCAGUGGCCUUAUAUUUAAUCAUAUCAAUCGGAAUAUAGUUCAUCCAAGUGCACUUACCACUUUGAAAGAAGAAACAUCGAAUGUUGAAAUAGUCGAAAUAAAUAGCUCCUCAGAUGAAUCUGACGCUAGGCCGGACACAAACAAACGAAGCACUUUCAGUCACGCUUGGUCGUAUGUUGAUCAUGACCGGUUUAACAACGGUGACAACUUAAUACAUCAGAUAAAUGAUUCAGCCAGAGCAAAAAGACGUUUAAACGUAAGUUCUGGCGACAAUGAAAUAUAUCGACACCCGGCAAAUGAAGACGGACAACGCCAGGAAGAUAUAUAUCCCAGUUUUUAUACUAUGGAAAGAAAUUACCCGCGAGAUAGACAAUCAGAUUAUAACAGACAAAUUAAUCGAUUUACAAUUUUGAAUAGUAGUUUACCGUCAGAUUCUUCAUCAGAGGAACAAGCAGCUGAAGAAGUCAUACAUUAUGGUGAUACCGGUCCCCCAUGUAGUUAUGACUGGUACGAUGAUCAAGACAUACUCGGUGAUGAAAUUUUUUUUAGUCGUGAUGCCGUCAAUGACAAAAGAACUAUAAUAUGGAUUUAUUCGUAUAAGAACAAACAUAUCUUAUCAGAGAAUGACAAUAUUUUCACUAACAUACCAAGUAAAGACUCGAGCACAAGUUCGAAUGACGAAUUGGAAUAUGAAUUUUCCGAAGAAAAGCCAAAAUUUCGAAAAAUUGUCACACCUAUAAUUCAGCACAUACCUAGACUUAAUUUAUCUUUAAGCCCUACAUUGCCAACUGUAACUGAAGUUACAGAACCAAUUAAACAAGCUGAAAGUUCUAUUAUUACAAAUAAUGCGGGCAAACUUGAACCUACUGACAGAUUGUCUAGUACUGAGAAUUUAUCAGAGAGAAAUAAAUUUCAAUUACAUUGGAAUGAUUUAUCACCAAGAAUCAAAAAUAUAAAAAUGUUAUUCAUUAGAGAUAAAGAAUCAGAAAAAGGAGAAGUUUACUGUGAACCUGAAAUUAAAAUAAUGACAAACGAUGCUACCGUCGAAGACACAGAGAUUAAAACGUCUGAAAAUGCCGUUAGUUCACUUGACGAGAUUGAAAAUUGUAUACAAUCAAGUCGGGUAACUCUGACCAAGUCUCACAUAAAACUAACUCCACCGCCUAUAACCAGGGAUACAAGCAUAACAGAUCCUAUAGAUAAACUAGAAGAUAACUGGAUUGCCGAAGAGAAAACUGAAGAAAAGAUAAUUGUUUAUGAGAGCGAAAUCCAACAUGAAGAAGUUUUAGAAAAUCAUUGUAAAAUGCAGGAAAAUAAACCGAAUGAAAAACCUGCCCACCAAUUCUUCAUCAACAACAUUCCACUACUAAAACCAGCUGAAUGGACACAAUAUUUGCCUAUAACUGAAAGUGUACCAUCAUCGGAACUUACAAUCUGCACCAAUGAAACAAACAAACAAUCCUGGUAUGAGAAACUUUGUAAAUGUUUAAAUUGCUUUAACUGCGCCAAAUAAUUAUUUAGAUUUAAAUAAAACACUAGAUAAUUUAAA